GAGACACAGAGGGGGAGGGAGUCAGUGUUAGCAGAGCGCAGACAGAAGACAGGCACUAAAGGAGGCUGUCGUAUAGAAACACCACCAUCAUGAGUCAGAAACACAGUGUAGUGUAGAGACACACACCGAGGAGCGAACAGCAGCAGGACGGUGACUGAAGGAGCCUGUGUUUGAAUCUGUGAGACAGACAGAGAGAGAGAGAGAGAGAGAGAGAGAGAGAGAGGCUGCUGUCUCUUGGUCUUCUCCCCGCUGGUGUGAGGUUAUGGCAGGCAUGGCGUCGGAGCCAGGAACCCAGUCCAGAGUGAUGUUUCAGACCAAAGAGGAGGAGCCUGCCCAACGCAAACUGGGCAAACUGACGGUCAAAUACAACCGCAAAGACCUCCAGAGGAGGCUGGACAUCGAGGAGUGGAUCGACGGUCAGCUGCACCUGCUGUACGACUGCGAGGACGAGGAGAUUCCUGAGCUGGAGAUCGACAUCGAUGAGCUUCUGGAGCUGACAGAUACAGAGCAGAGAUCUCGACUGCACGAGCUUCUGCAAGAAUGUGGAAAGCCAAAGGAGGACUUUAUCAACGGUCUGCUGUACAGGAUAAAGGGGCUGAGGAAGAUGUCAGGAUCUCUGAAGAAAUAGUGUAAGAUCAAAGGCAUUUUUAAAGAUAAUGAGAAGCACGUGGCCCCGCCCUUAACCCCGCCCCUGAAACCACAAGCCCCGCCCACACCCUCCUGUCUGUAGAGCACACAUGGGACAAUGAAUCUUCCAGAAACAGUUUUAGACCACUAAUAAUUCUGUACAGUUUCUCCAGCAUCACAGAUCAAAUGUAUCGCAUAUUAUUACUCAAAUCAGAUGCUUUUUUUGUUUGUUUUAUUGUGACAUGUACAUUCUGUUCCCUAUUUAUAUACAUAUAUAUUUUGUUCUGACAAGUGUUGUAUGCAAUAAUAAACAAUUUCUUUUCAAGAUUUUAGAUGAAAAGCAUAGACACAGUUCUUGCUAAUAAAUUCAGAAUCUAAGA